AUGGAAGCCGGUACCGUCGCUACAACUCAGCUUCCCGAUGACGGGGCAGGCCAGAUACUGUACGAGGUCCGCCGGACCGCAGACCGCGGCAGAGGCCUCUUCGCACUCAAGGACAUCGCCGAAGGUGCCCGAAUCAUGACCGAGGAGCCUCUGAUGGUUGCUACCUGGCCCCAAGAUGAUACGUCAAUGGAGAUCACCGCUGGCAUGAAGCUGCUGGCCAUGACCAAGGAGAAGCAGCGCCAGUUCCUGUCCCUCUACAACAGCGAGAAGAAGAAGAUGCACCCGUUCGGCGGCAUCAUACGCACCAACGCCCAGUCCUGCGGCGCCAGGAGCCAGAUGAUAGCCACCUUCGCCACCGUCUCGCUCAUCAACCACAGCUGCGAGCCCAACACGCACCAGGCCUGGAACAAGGAAAAGGAGCAGGAGACAAUCCAUGCCACCCGGCCCAUCAAGGCCGGCGAGGAGCUCACCAUCGCGUACGUCAUGUUCGAGACGACUGCGGUGCGCCAGGCCACCCUCAAGGCCAUCUACGGCUUCACCUGCACCUGCCCGGUCUGCUCCAAGCCCGAGCCGGCCCGCGCCGAGAGCGACCAGCGGCGCAGCCUCGUCGGCGUCCUGGACGUCAAGAUCAGCGACCCGCAGCGGGUCAAGGACGAGCCCGCGGGGGUCCUCGCCGACUGCGCCGCGCUCGAGCAGGUGCUGCUCGACGAGUUCGACGGCAAGCCCGACCAGGGCAUCAUGGUCCGGCUGUACUACGACGCCUUCCAGGUCGUCGUGUCGCACGCCGACCAGGCGCGCGGCAUCGUCUUCGCCCAGCGCGCCCACAGGGCCAGCGUCCUGGCCGAGGGCGAGGACAGCCCCGGCACCAAGAAGAUGGCCCCGCUGGCCAGCCUCCCCAGCUCACACGCCUCCUUCAAGCUCUACGGAGCGGCGUGGAGGUGCCGCAAGACCCGGGUCCCCCAGGGCCUGGGCGACGAGGACUUCAAGAAGUGGCUGUACAAGCUGGAGCAGUGA